GUCACAGAAUUCAAAUCACCGUCAUCAAAUCGGAUAAGUGGAGCUUUGCCUACGCACCACCACAGCCACAAGGAGGAACUCCGGCCGCCGCCGUCCGUUUCUUCUUCCAUCGAUGGUACUUUCUACCUUUCCUCCUUUGACCUCUACUAACCGUUAUUUCCUUUUUCAUCCCUUGCCGACGGUGCGAGCAUCCCGUAUUCGUCGCGCAUUAGUCUCUUCCAACCCUCGGUCCGGCGCCUCAAGACGCAAGGAGACGCUGAUUUCAAAUUGUAUUCGACAAAGUACACCGAGGAGUCUGUUUCCUGGCGGUUACAAGCGUCCUGAAAUUAAGGUGCCGAGUCUCGUCCUCCGAUUGAGCUCAGACGAUGUGCUUAAGGAUGACAAAGCGGUGAUUGAUGUUGUUGACGUAUCUGUUUCUGAUACGGUUGGCGUUGUAGUACUUACUGGCGGCGAAGGCAGCGGAAAGCAGCUAUAUGAGGCGGCUUGUUUGCUGAAAUCUGUGAUUAAGGACCGUGCUUACUUGUUGAUUGAUGAGCGCGUAGAUAUUGCCGCUGCGGUUAAUGCAAGCGGAGUUUUGCUAUCUGAUCAAGGCUUACCUACAAUUGUGGCAAGAAAUACAAUGUUGGAUGCAAAACUUGAUUCGGUGAUUCUACCUCUAGUAGGAAGGAAUGUCCAAACCCAUGAUGCUGCUUUAAAUGCUUCUAAUAUUGAGGGUGCCGAUUUUCUUAUCUAUACGUGUAAUGAAAACAGUCAUCCAGAGGAGAUGGUGAGCUCUGUGGCUGAGCAUGUAAAAAUUCCAAUAUUUGUUAUGGUUGAUUCUGUUAGGGAUGGGAAAUCCUUGAAGCAAACUUUGGGUUCCCUAAGAUCAGGAGUUGAUGGUGUAGUUGUUUCAGUGGAUGAAUUGAACUUGUUGAAUGAAGAAGACUUAAGAAAGUUCUUUCACAGCGAAAUUGCGGUAAUUAAGAAAGUAGAGGAUAGCAGUCCAGCUUUUGGCCGUGUCAAUACUUCAUAUAUGGAGAAUGGGUUUCCUGGUCAGAAGAUGGUUCCUGGGUUCACUAGAUUGGAAGAGAGAGAGAAACAAUUCAUUGAACAGGAGAAGUCUAUAUUGCUUGAAGCUGUUGAUGUCUUCCAAAGAGCUGCACCACUGAUGGGGGACAUCUCGCUCCUCAAAGAUGCUGUUUCCCAACUUGACGAACCAUUUUCGUUGGUUAUAGUGGGAGAGUUUAACUCUGGAAAGUCGAGCGUUAUAAAUGCUUUGCUUGGACAAAACUACCUAAAGGAUGGGGUCAUUCCUACGACUAAUGAGAUCACCUUUCUACGCUAUUCUGAAUCAGAAUAUAGUGAACAGCGGUGUGAAAGGAAUCCUGAUGGCCAAUACACAUGCUAUAUACCUGCACCAAUUCUAAAAGAAAUGAUCAUUGUUGAUACUCCUGGAACAAAUGUGAUUCUUCAAAGACAACAGCGGCUGACUGAGGAAUUCGUGCCUCGUGCAGAUUUGAUUCUCUUUGUCUUGUCUGCUGAUCGGCCUUUAACUGAAAGUGAGGUUUCUUUUCUACGCUACACCCAACAAUGGAAGAAAAAAGUUGUUUUUGUGCUGAAUAAGUCCGACCUGUAUCGAAAUGACGAUGAGCUUGAAGAAGCUGUUUCAUUCAUCAAGGAAAACGCUCGAAAGAUGAUAAAUGCCGAACAUGUCAGCUUAUACCCUAUAUCUGCACGGCGUACUUUAGAAGCAAAGCUUUCAGCUUUGAGUGGUCUAGAAAGGGCCGACGAGUUCUGGAACAUUCCAUACCCAGGAACUAACAAAUUUGCCGAUUUUGAGAAGUUUCUUUAUAGCUUUUUAGAUGCAACAACCGAUAAUGGAAUGGAGAGAAUAAAACUUAAGCUGGAAACUCCGGUUAAGAUUGCUGAAAGGCUACAUUCUGCUUGUCAGAAGCUCGUUAGAGAAGAUUUCCAGCAGGCGGAAAAGGACUUGGUUUUGGUAAAUAAGCUUCUCGACACUGUGAAAGAGUAUACAUUAAAGAUGGAAACUGAAAGUAUCUCAUGGAAACGACAAAUAUUGUCUUUGAUAGAUAAUGCACAAGCGCGCGCAAUCAACCUGACCGAGUCCACUCUACAAUUAUCAAAUUUUGAUCUCGUCAUUUCUUCCGUUCUCAAAAGUGGCAAAUCUGCCCGUUUGCCGGUGACAUUAAAUCUUCAGAGUGAAAUACUUGAACCCUCCGUCUCGGAAGUGCAAAAACUGCUUGGCGAGUACACUGCAUGGCUGCAAUCGAGCAACAAUCGUGAAGGGAAUGUGUAUAAAGAAUCAUUUGAAAGAAGAUGGCCAUUCGUCGUCCCGUCUGUUCAAUCUCAGUUGGCGGCCAGUGAGCUGCUGAGGACAGAACAUCAACUAUGUGUAGAAAUUCUUACCGAUUUCAGCGCGGCUGCUGCUUCUAAACUUUUUGAGCAAGAGAUUCGUGAAGCCUUUUUGGGAACUGUCGGUGGAUUGGGCGUAGCCGGUCUAUCCGCGUCGCUCUUAACAUCCAUCUUGCAGACGACAUUGGAGGAUCUUCUCGCAUUGGGCCUUUGUUCCGCCGGAGGACUAUUGGCAAUUUCGAGCCUUCCUGCGCAACGACAACAAGUGGUAGAUAAAGUGAGAAGAACUGCCGAUGCCUUAGCUCGUCAGGUCGAGGAUGCCAUGCAGAAGGACCUCUCGAAUGCCACCGAUACUUUAAAUGACUACACGACCCUCGUCGCCAAACCAUAUCAAGAAACAGCUCAAAAUCGCGCGGAUCAACUUUCAGCCACUCUGGAUGAAUUGGCUGCAAUCCAAAGAAAACUGGAAACGCUUCAGGUCGAAAUCCAAAACCUUCACGUCUUGCGGCCGCAACCGAGCAAUUCCUCGUAAGCCCCUCUCUCUCUCUCUUUCUCUCUCUCUCUCUAUAUAUAUAUGUAUGUAUGUAUAUGUGUGUUUAUCUUGUGUUGUUACGGUGAAAUUUCGACAUUACUAUUUUAGGGAAAAGUGGCAUGUUGUUGUUUGAUGAGCAUGUUGAUUAGGUGAGUAAGAUUAAUUGGAUUGUAUGUUCUGUUGGGAAGUUAGUUGAACUGUUCAAAU